GGGGCGGGGCUGCCGGGAGUCGGGCUGCCGCCGGCUGCACUUGUGUGUGUCUUUCGGGAAGCCACAGGACAGGGGGCGUCUGUGCGGAGAGGCGGGGGUGGUGAGUAGCAGGCAGGCCCGGCUUGUGUCCCGGCCCGGUGACAUAGAUAGAAACGGAAAUCAGGCUGGAGCCGGGGCGCCCGGGCGCGCACACGUGUAUGGACCCGCAGGCACGUCUGAACACUGGGUGGGCACCUGUCUUGUGAGGGGCUCCGGGCGGGGCUGCUCCUCGGACUUUCAGUUUUUGUGAGAUUCAUCUCCAGGGCCCUACCUUCUCCCGUCUCCAGAGGGGAACGGAAGAAGUUUAACAGAGCUGGGACUGAGCAGAUUAAAGCAGCGGAGCCGAGGCUGGGCCGGAGAGAGUGGGGGCUGCGGGUGCUAGUGGGUAGGGAUCCAUCUGUUUGCCCCGUCUCCCGGCGAGAAAGGCAUUUUGGAAAGACUGGCGUGGCAAGCGUCGCCCUGAAACGUCCACAGAGCCCGAGAAGCGAUGAUCGCUGAGUGAGUGGCACUGGGCAGAGACUGGCCGGUUUCUUAACGACAGGGAUGCUAGCAGUUAGGAAGGCUAGGAGGAAACUCAGGAUGGGGACCAUCUGCUCCCCCAACCCCAGCGGGACAAAGACAUCAUCGGAGGUCUGCAAUGCCGACUGGAUGGCCUCGCUCCCCCCUCACCUCCACAACCUCCCCAUUUCCAAUCUGGCAAUCCCAGGCUCACAUGAUUCAUUCAGCUACUGGGUGGAUGAAAAGUCCCCAGUGGGGCCUGACCAAAGCCUAGCUAUCAAACGCCUCGCCAGGAUCUCCUUGGUGAAGAAGCUAAUGAAGAAGUGGUCGGUAACUCAGAACCUGACAUUUCGGGAACAGCUGGAAGCUGGGAUCCGCUACUUUGACCUGCGUGUGUCCUCCAAACCUGGGGAUGCUGACCAGGAGAUCUACUUCAUCCACGGGCUUUUCGGCAUCAAGGUCUGGGAUGGGCUGAUGGAAAUGGACUCGUUUCUUACACAGCACCCCCAAGAGAUUGUGUUUCUGGAUUUCAACCACUUCUACGCCAUGGACGAGACCCAUCACAAAUGCCUGGUUCUCCGGAUCCAGGAGGCCUUUGGAAACAAGCUGUGUUCUGCCUGCAGUGUGGAAAGUUUGACGCUGCGAACUCUGUGGGAGAAGAAGUGCCAGGUUCUUAUUUUCUACCACUGUCCCUUCUACAAGCAAUACCCCUUCCUGUGGCCAGGAAAGAAGAUCCCAGCGCCCUGGGCAAACACCACAAGUGUGCACAAACUCAUCCUCUUCUUGGAGACCACUCUGAGCGAGCGGGUCCCACGCGGCUCCUUCCACGUCUCCCAAGCAAUCCUCACCCCCAGAGUGAAGACCAUCGCCCGGGGCUUAGUUGGGGGCCUCAAGAACACGCUGGUUCAUAGGAAUCUUCCCGCCAUCCUGGACUGGGUGAAAACUCAGAAGCCUGGAGCCACGGGUGUCAACAUCAUCACGUCUGACUUCGUGGACCUGGUGGACUUCGCUGCGACUGUCAUCAAGUUGAAUGACCUCUUACAGGAGGACACAGCUCUGGCUAAAUGCUGAAAUGGCUGCCAGGUAGAGCACCUGCAUCAUCCUGACAAAGUCCUCUUUGGAGUGGGGACUUCAAGCCUGAUCUUGGAAUUGCGUUUUAUUAUUGUCUGCCUAGGACUCAGGUCUGCGCUGUGGGACACAACGCUAAGUGGAAGGCACCUUAUCCAUGGUACCAUGGAAGCAGGCACGGGAUGCAUGGGCAAGUGCAAUGGCAUUGAAGGAGGAAGCUCCAAGCGGGUUUGGAGCCAUUCUGUACCUCCUUGAAAACAAGACUACCUCGGGGACAUUUGGGAUGACUCGUGUGUCACCAAGUGAGAAAUACCUAGUGUUGGAACAUUUCCGGUCCUUCUGUCGACGGUUCUACUCUGCAGGUUGUUUUGAGCCUACCAGUCACCACGGCGUGAGGGCUUUGAAACUCAAGAGGGUAUUUUUUUUUAAUUGAUAAGAGGUGCUUAUCUAUAAAGAGCCCUCUUGUGUUUUGAUCGGCUUAUUUAUUUAUUUAUUAAUCCAUCAAGUAUCUCCCGUGCUGCUUACAUCAGGGGCACUCACACAGGAGCUUGCCGGACUCCUCUCACCCAGGACAGAUGCUGCUACAGUCCUCUCCUCAAUAGGAACACGCAUCUCAGGGCUGUGAGUGACCAUAUCCUGGCUCCCCAGUCCUCCUGGGGACAGUGUACAUGUGUGGAUGUUGCCCAGAUCUGAGAAGCCACUACCAAGCCAUGCCCGUGAAGGAAGAUGAAAUGGGUCAUGAAGACCCCUGUUAGUUCAUAGGUAGACCCCGGGAAGAGUGUCCAUAAGGAAGGACCUAGAAACAAAACUAGGCAUGGAAGUGUGUGCACUCUGAUGCUCCUCUGCACCAUCUGAGAAUCCCUAAGGAAGUGACAGCUUCUGGAUUCUUAAGGAGGAAAUAAAAACAUGGAGUCCCGAAUGGAUGUAUGCAUUUAUAGAGACCGUCAGCCUCUUCUUCCCACUUUCCUCUUUCUGUCCUUUGAUGCCCAUACAUGGAUUUCACAUGUUGCGUUGCAGAGAGCGGCGUCCUAGAUGACCUGCUCAAAGCACAUGCACACGCCCAACUUAGUCUUCCAGCCUAUACUUCCUGUAAAGUCAUGUAAGCCCUGGCUUUUAGCUUCCACGCCUUGAGGAAGUCAUUACAGAAAUGCGUCUGUGAAAAUCUGGUUUUCUGGGAUAACGUCAGGUUCUGCUGGCCUCCUCUGGGUAAGAAUAAGAAAGUGUGUUUCGUCGUCUCUAAAAUUUCCUUCCAUGAUGCUGUACCCUAAUGACAAGCUCCGAAAUCCCCGGUCUACCCUCAGGGGUUUAUUUUGGUUGUUGUCAUUUCAUUUUGCUUUUGUUUGUAAUUCUGGGUCAACUGCUAGGGGCUAGAUCAUUUACCCACAUUUUACCCUUUGUUACUUGGCAAAGAGAUGAGGAGGCAAGAGGAGAAUUACUGUUCUCUGUUUUAUUUGAGCCUCAGCUUUGUCCCGGUGUUGGUGCUAUGAGGCCAGGUGUUUUGAGAAGUAUCUACACAGGACGCCAGUAACACGCUAGGGCUGCUGACUGUUCCAUGAAACGUUUACAUGAUUUUGUCCUUUCGUUCUUAAAUAUAUGGUUGCACUUCACUUGGGCUGUAACACGUAAGUGCCCCUCAGUGUUUGCAUGCUAAGUGUCAUCAGGCUGACACAAAAGCCCAGAAAACUGUACCAAGGUUGCAUGCACGGAGUCCUGCUCUGUGUGGUACCUGCAGGUGCUCGCUCCUUCACGCUGCUUGGAGCUGCCAGCCUUGUUUGCGACUGAAAGUCUGCACAAGAGUUCUGGGGGAUAGAAGGAGGAUCAGUUACAAUUUUCCCUUGAUAAACACCCUCGCAUUGGCAGAACCUCUGCCUCAGGAAAAAGUUGUUUAGCAUUUUGUAAAGGAUGUGUGUGCCUUCUCCUUGACCACGAGGAGAAGUUCUCCAGACAGGAGAACUCAGGCACAUGGGACAGAGGAAAAUAGAUUUUAGGUUCCUGACUCAUUCUACAACUACCAACAAUAAAAUAGUGACCGACCACAUCACUUAUUCUCAGCUCUCGUGCUUGCUUAGAACUAACUUCAAGAUCAGCCAAGAAGCUACUUGACUGAGCCAAAGAGGACUUCGAUUUCACAGAGUUUUGAGGUCAUAUUUAUUCUGAAAUGUAACUGAGUUGUUCUUGAGCUCCCCGGACCACUUCCCACAAAGCCACAUUUCCAUGGCUUUGCGGCAGAGGGGACCGUCAAGGGGUUUAGUUACGUUAGGGUUGAACUUGGAAGCUUGUACAGAUAACACUAUGAUUUCACGGGUACAGAAGCAUUGGAGAGAGAGGUCAGGAUGGACUUAAUGGAAGGGAAGGAGAAGUUAUUGAAGAUUAAACUUUAAAUUAGUGGCAGAUCUCCAAGAGGGUGAUGCCAAAAACUAAAGUUUUUAUAUUAAACUCAAUAGUAAUUAGGUUUAGUCAUUUUCCUUAGCACUGAAUCUAAACCCUGAAUUACUGGGAGCAUUUAAGCCACAGUUCCAGGAUUUUAUUAUAAACUCAAAGGAAAGCACAAGAUCUGAGCCCAGUAACGAUCCAUCCUAAGAAUCCUAGUUCUUUUUACAUGACCUCAUAUUCAUCCAAGAAAAAUAUGUUUCUUCUCAAGAAGACAAUACAGGAGACUAUUCUGAAAUUAAAUGCAGUUUUAUGGCAUGUCGGGAUGUUCUAGCUCUGGUUUUCCGAAUCUUGCCUUGAGAAAGUGCUUCCCAAUGAGACAUUAUUACCUCCCAGCUAGCAGGCUUAGCACAAAGCCAAAGGUGGAGCAACAGAAGAAAUUCAGAUGGAAAUGAAACCACUUCUUCCUGGGAAGUAAAAGGGCUGCAUGAAACCAGUGCAUCUUACAGAGUUAGUUAUGCCACAGUUGAAGUUUGUGUGGUGUUCCUUAUUAGCUAAUUUCAAAUUUUUACUGUUAGAUUCUAAGAAACAGAGUGGGCUAAUGAAUGGGGCACAGCCCUGAGACCCUGCUCUGUUACCUGAGCAAGUGAUCCCCUGCUACAUCGUUCUUGGUUCUCUCAUCUUUAAUAAAGAUGCUGUCUGCUACUUUAGUGCUGUUUUGCAAAUCUUGGCUGACCAGCUUCCCAAAACAUAAGGUCCCUAAUGAUUAGAUUGAAUGCCUUCUACUCAGGGGGUGUGCAGAGGUGGGAUUCUUCCCUCUGUGGCUUGUUUCCUAACGCUGUGAUGUGGGUGACAGAACUUAUCUGGGAACGGCAUCUUUGAUGAUCUAUAUAAUGAAAUGUGUAGAGUGCAAAGAAAUCUGUCAAUAUGUGUGUGGGCCCUUGAGAGGUGGGUUUUCCCAAUACACACUAAGUAGGCUUGUUAUGCCAAGAGGAAGCGAAUAGAAAUGAAAGCAUCAAACAUCCAAACUGACAGGAAGUCUGUUUUGCCCGGACUAGCACACAGUUGUCUUCUGAGCUCCACUGACGUUCCGGGACAUCCCGGCCCUGCGCCUCAGGCUGCUGCCUGGGGUUCAGCCCCAUAGCUUCGUCACUCACAACCACCGCAUUGGAACACACAGACGUGGACUGUUGGAGUGGUACGUCAUUUAGCUAGAAACUUUACCCUUAGUUUCAAAUGAUACCACACAACUCGUUACUACCCCAAGGAGCGCAUUAUCUCCAUCGCUCUGGAUUCCCCACAUCCUUCUAGAAACAGGGACACUGGUAGCACUAUGACCCUGAACAGGCCCUCACCCAGAAGAACACACUGCAAACUGUGAUUGAUUUUCCCAAACUGUCACCGUCUUAGACACUGUACAAAUAGUUCAAGAGAACUCUUUCUCCCCUGCAGUGGAUGUGGUAUUCUACUAUGUUCUCCCACACAACUUCUUAGGAUUUUUCAAACUCAUUUCUAAGCCAAAUCGUUUAGAUAAAUAUUCCCCUUAUAUUUUGGGGGAAUUCAGGCUCACAGUAUGCCGAAGCAAGCCUAUCAGCAGUGUCAUUCCUUCCCGUCUCCUUCACAGAGUACUCUCUCCUCUUGUCUCCUAGCUGACCACAGGAUGCUGGCAAAGCUCACGGUGAAAGGCAAGGUGUUCAGUGAUGUCCAGUGCACUCUUGUCUCUGUGGUUAUUGCUUCUUAGCCUUUUCAAAUGCAUUCUUCUACCCCUCAACCUAAUCCAACCAUUAGAACUAUACCUGGUUAGAGCCCAAAACUUGGGACCAAUACUUAAUUCAAAUAGCAGGGGCUUGCUCACAAAUGCUAAGCCCAAAAAGAAGCACAGCACUUUGAAAAGUCAAACAAGCCUUCGGUAGCGCUGUACAUUUGCAAUUUUACAUUUGUUAUUAGUUUAUAGCACUAAUAACACAUCAGUCAUGAAUCUAUAGGCUCAGUAUAAGUCUUAGAACAUAUUCUAGAUAUAGUGGUACCUUGCUGCUAUUACACUUAGCGAUUUAUACUCCAAUAUAAUAAUACGUAUCAAUACAGAUCAUGGAUGCAUUAUUUGUGUGUAUAUGCCAACUGUACUACUUAACCUUACUGAUUAGCAAUUAGUGAAAUACAGAAAUUGUCAAAGUGAAAAUAAGUCUUGGUCGAUUCAGGUGAUAUGUGAACCUGAUAAAUGCUCUAAUAGAUAUGCUAUUUUGUCUUGUAUUGCUUGUUUUACACUGUGGUGCAUGUUGUUUGCUUAGUAAAAUGAUAAUAAAGUAUACCAAUUUUAAAGUUAGAAUUAAAAUUUUGCAUAUAUGCUGCUUGAUACUCCGAAAUGUAUUCUGUGGCUUCGUUACCUUGUUCAUAUACAUUUCACUUGGCUUUUUACCCGUAGGAAAUAAUUGUUCACGUCUAUCUCUCCUCUUCUUUCUUGUAACUUUCAUUAAACUGCUUUCUUCAACUUACAACAUUGUAAAGCCAGAAUACCUCAUUCUAACAGUGAAAAAAAAUAGAUAUGAUGACAUGAUGUGGUCUCUUGUAUUUGAUUUGAACUGCCUAAAUAGGGUUAAACCUAAUAAUAAAUAUACAAUUUUGGCGGGCA